UCUGAUGGUCAAUCGGGCGCCGCGCACCGCAGCAGUGACGCGUCACUGCACCCCUGUUUUCGAGUUGCACGUGUUUCUUUCCUCUUCACCGACGCUCACGUUCAAUUGUCCUCUUCUCGUUUUCCUUGGUCAGCUUGCCGCGAUAACAACCGAUAAACACAGUAUACGAGACUCGCCCGCCCGAAAAUACCGAAAUAGUCGUUGCCGAUGGUAGAGAGCGACGUUGUUCUCGCGACGCGGUCAUUCUAUCACGUUCCGUCGAACCUCGUCUCCGAUCGCAGACCACGGGUCUCGUUCGUGUUUCCGUGAACGACGAAUCGUUCAUCGUCAUUGUCGUCGUCGUUGUCGUUUCGUGGUUGUCGAUUUUUCCCUGUGCCGAUUUGCAACACAGGAGGCAAUCUUCGUUUUAGAUCGAUUCGCAGCUAAGCUGCAGUGGUGAAUUCCGUUACGAGCAUUUCGCGCCACUUCCGUUUUAAACUGUGCAAUUCUCAGUGAUCAGUGAGACCGUUUCCAAGAAGAUCUACGAUACGUACAGCGAGAUUCAUCUGUUUUCGAAGUCGUGGCGAAUCGAGCCGCUCGAAUAGUAUCGCUGGUCGAGCUGCGUUCGAAAAGUGUUGUGAACAUCCCGCGGAGACACGUAGCUGCGGAUUGUGCUUUUAGCUGGUGACUGGAUCCGGCCUGACCACGGCCAUUCUCGACACGCACUGUGUUAGCGUGGCCGGAGGUGGCGGCGGUGGCGGAGGCGGCGGCGGAGGAGGCGGUGGAGGCGGUGGAACGGUCGGCGGCGGUCGGCUGAACCUGCACCUUCGUCCUUGCGGAGGCAGCGGUGGCGGUGGCGGCAUCGCCGGAAGUGACAGCGCUUCGGAUUACCCGCCAAGUGCUACGGCAGCGCGGAGCAGGGAAGCGGCGGCGGCGGCGCUGCACGCGGCAAGAACCCUGUUGGGCGCGGGGGUGGCUAACCCUUGCUCGCCCACCCCCGAACCGCCCUUCUGGAAGAUGCCACACAAAGAGGAGGACUUGAUGCACGGGGGUGGUGCGGGUAUUGGCGGGGGUUCUAUGGUCGGACAGAACUCAAUAUUUGGGUGCUCGGCUGCAGGACACAGCGGGGUUAACCAGCUUGGCGGUGUUUACGUCAACGGCCGACCAUUACCAGACUCGACAAGGCAGAAGAUCGUCGAACUGGCCCACAGUGGUGCUAGGCCCUGCGACAUCUCGCGCAUACUGCAAGUCAGCAAUGGAUGCGUUUCCAAGAUCCUCGGCAGGUAUUACGAGACUGGUUCGAUCAAACCACGUGCAAUCGGUGGUAGCAAGCCACGCGUAGCGACAACACCAGUGGUGAACAAAAUCGCCGACUACAAACGAGAAUGCCCGUCGAUUUUCGCCUGGGAGAUCCGUGAUCGACUGCUGCAGGAAGGUGUUUGCAACAACGACAACAUUCCAAGCGUGUCGUCCAUCAACAGGGUGCUGAGGAACCUGGCCUCACAGAAGGAGCAACAGGCUGCGGCGGUGCAGGCGCAUCAGGGUGCCGAGAGCGUGUACGAUAAGCUUCGGAUGUUCAAUGGGCAGGCUGCAGGCUGGCCACCGGCUUGGUAUUCCGCUACGCCCUCUCAUCAUCCCUUGGCCACUGGAAUUCCAACGGCAGCGACCCCCGGCUCUGGCCAGUCGCUGCUGCCCGGCAGCCAGCUUCAUGGUCGAGACGAUUCUCUGCUCAAACGAAGCGAUACAGGUUCUUUGUUGUCGCAUCAGCAAGAAACAACGUCAGAUGGGAAUUCGGAGCACAACUCGUCCGGCGACGAGGACUCGCAAGUUCGACUGAGGCUAAAGCGAAAGUUGCAGCGCAACCGAACAUCCUUUUCCAACGAACAGAUCGACAGCCUCGAAAAAGAAUUCGAGCGGACACAUUACCCGGACGUGUUUGCACGGGAGCGUCUCGCUGAGAAGAUUGGAUUGCCUGAGGCACGUAUCCAGGUGUGGUUCAGUAAUCGCAGGGCGAAGUGGCGUCGAGAGGAGAAAUUACGGAACCAAAGGAGAGCAGCCGUCGAUCAGGUAGUCGGCGGAGGCAGCAGCGGGGGUGGUAGCAGCACCGCGCCCCCAGCUGCGACCCCUGCCACGCCACGGUUACCCUUAAACGCCGGAUUCAACGCCAUGUACUCGUCGAUACCACAGCCGAUCGCUACGAUGCCUGACACUUACAGCUCGAUGUCGAGCAGCUUGGGCGGGUCAAUGGGUGGAAGCUGUCUUCAGCAGCGCGCCGAGGGAUAUCCGGCGUACGUGUUCCACGAGCCUCUUCACUCUCUGACGCAGUCUUACUCCCACGCACACAGCACUGCUGCGCACUCGCAACCCCAUCGUGGUAUACCGACCUCUCAUGGUGGAACCCCCACCACGCCAGGAGGACAGCCUGCAGGACCAGGUGGUGCACCCUACCAGCCGACGACCUCGACCGCGACUGGUGUGAUAUCGGCUGGCGUCUCAGUUCCCGUGCAGAUCCCGUCUCAAACACCAGACCUGACCGGCAACUAUUGGCCGAGGCUCCAGUGAUCCCAGCUCUUCGGGUUCCCGCCCGCGAGCUUGCUCGUCGGCCAGGAGAGCCCGCCGCCACCGACAGCCACCCCUGGUGCAGUGUCCCGGCCGCUGCUCGCUUCCCUCGGGAUACCGACGCAGCCAGCGCAGCAUCAACCUUCGAACACACCGGCUACCACUCCCGUGCACACCUCCGACACCAGUGAGUGAACCAACCGAUCAAUCUCUUCGGACGCUCUCUUGCAGAGAUGGUCGCGCGCGCGAUACUCGAUCACGCGAGACGGUUCGUUGCCGUACGGCGAAUCGCCGACCUCGAUCACUGCGUUCAUCGCGAUCGCGUCAUGAUGGCGCGCGAUGACAUUCGAACGAGAUAAUCGACGACGCUUGUUCAGCGUCGCUUCGAACACACGUGGAUUGUGACUUUGCAAGUUUAGAGGGUCAGCAGUGUUCCUAGAUGGAUCUUUUUCUUUUUUGUUUUUAAAUUAAUAUCAAAGUAACUUUUUUUCAUACGUUAUGAUUUUAUUCUUACGCAUACGGCACUGCUGUGCUAUUCGAAUAAGAUCGUUUUCUUUUUCUGGAUCGAUUAAUGGAUGUAUUUACUUACUGAUCGAUUCUUCGCUGUUGUAUGAUAAUGUGUUAUUAAAAAUAUAGAGUGGAGAGUUUUUUCUUUGCUUCAUAUUGCAAUAUUUUAGGAUCGUGUUUUAUGUGAAUUAUUAUGGGAAUUUGUUUUCAAAUUUCAUAUCAUGAGUAUGAUUUUAAUACAGUUUAACUGUUCUCUUUUAUUUAGCCGAUGUAUAUAUUCGUUUGUUCUCUUCGUUGCAGUAAAUAAACUGGCUAGGACGAGAAGUACUUGCUAUAUCUGUCUUACUUAAUAGUUUGGGACGUAUAAAUACCGAUUAGCAAUGUUCAUGUUCGAUAUCCUCGAUGUUCGAUACGAUGAUCUAACGUAUUCGGUUUUCUAUUGUUUCGAAUUUAGAGGUACCGCACGUAAUCUAGUUUAUCGAGAGAAUAAAAACAAAGAAUCAACGUUUCAGCCAUAAUUCGUUUUCAAAGAGUUGCGUUCUCCCACUUUCUCAGAGUCACAGGGAAAGGGUUGCACGAAUGAGAUCAGGUAACCUGUUAAGGGACCAGCGCAACAGGAGUUGAAAAAAGGAAAUAAAAGGUUAACGAGUCCGCUUUAAUUCGAUUAAUUACCCGUUGGAAGCUUGCCAAAUCUCGACAACUAGCGGACACUGCUGAUCGUUACUUUGGGUCACCGAAAAAACAAGUACGCACACUCUCGUUCAGAAUUUGCGAUUAAAUACCCUCGUAACGGAAAGAACGUGCGCGAAGCGUUCGUUGUUCCAUUGAAAUCGAAGAAUCCUUUCAAAUAUCUUUCGCUAUUUUAAAUACGAACGAUCGCAAAUUCUCGCGCACUUUGCGCGUUAACCUCUCGAGUCGGCAAUUACGUACGAACGUGCCAAUUAUUCGGUCGGUAAUUAAUUCGUCUAAAUUCAGCAAGUUUCUUAACACUUUCGCCGACAUGUAGAUAUUUUUGCAACGUGCUUGAAAACCCAUUUCUAAUUGUUGUGUAGUAAUACAACGUACAAUAAGUAGAGUACCGUGUUACUGAAAUUAUUAUCUAGAUCCUAGAUGGUGGAUAUAUUAUGUAAAUUCAGAUUUCUAUGAACGCAACCAAAGACGAAAAACUUAUAUCCAAGGAAAUGUAUUUUUUCACAUUGUACAGAUUUCUAUCAUAUUUCAAUUUUCCCAUAAACAUCCGCAGUAUCGUAUCGUAUCGUACAAUGUACUAAAUUUCGGUAUAUGAUUUUUAUUAAGAAACGAUUACAAUCGUUUUGCCUGCCAAAGUGUUAACAAAUACGUACAGACAAACGAUAAUGUAUUAACAAACUGAUACGUAUACAUCGAAUUGCCAUAAACGAUAAAGUUAUGACGACAUACGCUUCUUGUACUUACGCGAAACUGAUUUGAGGGGUUAAAGAACAUUCAUUGCGUCAGAAACUCCACGUAAGCUUAAACUUCUGUUUAAACAGGUGUUUACAUGGUAUGCACAUUUUAGCAUUGGAAAAUCGCGUCGAUCGUCGCGCGAACGCGAUGUAUCAAAGAUCGAGGCAGACGCUCAUCGUCCUUUCUUCGAAUCGCGUUUAAUCUAGUGGUCAUAGACGUAUACGCAUGACCCGGGUCACGCAGGGUAUAUUAUCCAUCUACUCACGACAGUGUACAAAUGAACGUAUCGGCGUCGAACAUGUUCGUUAGACGAUCCAAUGUACGAAAUGCUACAAAUAUAUCGUAUUGCAAUAUACAUUUAAAGCAUAAUAUUUGAAAUUUGAUAUACCAGCGAACGAACAUCAACGAAGUAGGUUAUCUAAUGUAUAUAAAUAGCCUGAUGUUAAUAUUUUCUUCGUUGUUUAUCUCGAUAAAUUUUCAAAUUUGGAAAUUUUAAGUUGAAAAAUGAUUUCCUUCCUUAUGAACACCGUUGCCAGGAAACAGAGUGUAACACAUUCGCUGCUACUGACGCAUAUGUUACGUCAAAUAAGUUAGUAGCUGCUAAUUGUUACAUUUUAGUUUCCAUUACAGAUUUAGUUUAGUUUACACUACAGAUGUUUCUUACGAAAAAGGAAAAUAUGAAUCGAAGGGUAAACUGGCGUAUUUUAGUAACAGCGAAUGUAACGAUCGAUAGCGACAGUUUCCUUAAUUUUAUGCGGACUGUGAACUUAAAACGAUUGAAAAGCCGGAAUCUUUGACGAAAGUUCAAACUAUUAAUCCGAAUUAGAUAUAGACCAGUGAAGUGGAAGCAAUUUGAAAGUAAAAAUCCUUUAAAAAUCUGUCGUUCUUUCAGAAAUCUAGAUAUCUGGAAAUAUCUAACAAAUCCGAAUAGAAUCUAUGAUAUUUCGAAAUUAAAUAAAAUAUCCUUAUUUCAGCUAUUCUCGAAAAAGUAUAUCUUUUUACUCGUAGCAUGAAAAUAAUUUCAAACUUCCAUUUGUGUAUUGUUAUCGCUGACGGACGUUCUUAUAUCUCUCGAUCGAUGACUGGCAAGAUUCGUUUAUCGAAUUUUUCACGCGUGGCUGUGGUACGCAUGACAGCCGAGCGAUUCGCGUGGAAAUUUCGAGGGAUUCGAAGACAGAGGGAGGAAGGGCGGGCAUCCGCUGCAAAUAUUCUCGCGAGACUUUAGGGUGGCUCUGGCCAAGCUGGCUGCCUUUGUAAGGGUGGGAGCCGCGGGGAUUGAUAGCUACCUCGAGGGUGGCUUUUUUCGCCAGCCGGCCAUCACGCUUGCUCGCAGAUAUGGCGUCGGCUGACAACCUUCCACCAGCCAGAAACUUGCUUCGGAAAAGCGACUGCUUACAAGAUCGAACUUUCCUCGUCGAGUGGAAAAUCGUAGAGAAGUUCCGCGAAAGUCGUAGAGAACAUUUUUGUAGCGAUAAAGAUUUUUGUUCAUCGAGAACGAUAAAGAAAUUGAUUUCUCUUUGUUUCUUUUUUUUUCUUUUUUCUAAGAAAUGUUUCAUUUCUAUCGUUGGAUUUGCAUCGCGACACGUUAUGUUUUUGACAGUGUAACAUGUUUUAAAGCUUUCGAUACUUAUUUAAGAAAUUAAUCGUUAAUCAGUUUUGGUCAUUCAUCGAAUCAAUUUUUUAACCAUAGCUAACGCUAUAAACGACAAAAUGUAACGAAAUAAAAAUCAGUAUUUUUUUACGUUUGAAAAAAUAUUCAUUGUAUCUUGCACCCUUGCAUGACCAGCAAUCUUUGUAGAUACUUUUCUAACAAGAUUCGAAAAGUGUGUAACUCUUUUGUUGUGUAACUUCCCUUAGAACCUAUGGACGGGAUAUCCCGCAAGGUGAUGUUUAAAAAUUUGGUUUAUGCCAAAAGUUUAUUCCAAAAAGUUGUAAACGGCGGAAAUAAACACUCGUGAUAUCUCACCCAAAGCGUCGUAAAGGGCUUAACGACGUUAACUAUAAUUAAACGUUGGAUAUGUAUUCUCACAUAUUUUUAAAACAAAAAAGGAAAUCUUUUAUUGUUUUAUAGAGUACAAAUUAAAUUUGUAUUUGUUUCGAGAGUACCAUACGAUAUUUUUGUUCUUUCAUAUUUUAUUUUAAAUAUUUUGACGUUAAUACUUAACAAAUAAAAUGUUACUCUUAAGUGUUAAAAAAUAGAUACGCGAAAUACUCGUUCGAAAACAUCGAACGACGACGUCGCAUCGCGAAUUAUCUCGAUCGUAAGUGCAACUACUUUUAAAUUAAGCGAUUAAAGAAUCGUCUUUACGAUAAUUAUCAUCGUCUAAGAUAAAAUUUCCAAAUCACGUUCGCUAUAAUCUAAAUAAUAACUCUGCAAAAGAUUCGUAAAUUGCCAAACGACGCUCAGUCGCGAUGGAUCGUCUCACGAACCGUGUUCAGACGCAGGCGGAACGCACUUCAGCAGGAUUUGCUCUAACUACGUAGGUCCUCGCGUAAUCUCGUUUGAGAGACCGAGCCUCUUUCUCGCAGACUUUACGAAGGGUUCAAGGAUACAGCGUUAGCUUUAGGACUCCUCCAACUAGUCGAACAAGAAAAACGUGUUUCUCAAACCGACUCCCUCUCACUCUUUUCCUCUUCUCGUGCUUCACCAAGGACACGACGAUAUAUCUUCGUCGUGCACCGAGCACGUUCUCUAUAUUUCUCCCCCUGGGUACGAAAAAGGGGUGGUUCCACCCCUUGGUCCAAACUCCACGCGAUUCUAGAUUAAGACAAUCCAAUGUGUAGCUGGUAACGAAAAGAAUAAAAGGAAGAAGAAGAAUACGAAGAAGAAGAAGCAGAAGAUGAAGAAGGAGAAAUAAGAAAAAAAAUAAAAUAAAA